AAUACGUACUUUUUUGUUUUGAAGCAACUGCUUUGAUCAUUUUUAUCCUGCUGGUUUGUACGACAAACUUGAUUUGAAUUUUCAGUUUUGCCUUUGUUGACAGUUUAUUUGUUGGCUACCCAUUUCAUUCUGUUCACCCUGCGCCUGCCGGUUCUCAAAAAGCACAAAAAUGUCCGUCCAUCCAGGCAACCAGGUCGUCUAUGCCCAUCAGCAACCGGCUGGGCCCCCCGGCCACUACGAACAACAAGGAGAGCGUGACCCUCUGGUCUAUACUACUAAUGAUUCCAGCUGGCAAGAACAUGGAGCCCUCCAAGCGUAGGAGGCGGAGAAGAAGAAGAAGUUUUGUUGUGCGAUCACGGCGAUUAUCAUCGUAGUUUGUGUGGUGCCUCUCGUUUUUUUUCCGACAUAUCGUAUCUCUGUCUAACUUGGAACAUACAAGUUCUGGUUCAAUCGGACUAGUAAGUUGUACUCGAUAGAGCAGGAUUUAUUUCGUCUCUUAAAAUAAAACUGAGCAGCAAGACUUCACUUGUUGUGAUCGUGAACAAAUACCUGGAGCAGCACCAGCAGGCACGUGCAAAGAAAAAGAACAAGAAGUAGGCCAAUUAUUUGCUAGAGGAACUACAAAAAAAAAGAUAUAUUCCCAGAGACCACGACCCCGUAGUGUCGUUGUGAUAACAAACUAAGUACAUACUUACUAGGCUUUUAGAAGUACAAGAGCAGGGUACAAGUUUCAGUUUGGUAUGAACGACACUGCGUUACUUUGGUCGACGUGUAUGAUGAAGGUGGUCGGAGUUCGUGCAAAUUUUGAAUAAUUUUCAAGUAUGUCGUGUGGUGAUGGUUCAACGUCAACAAAAACGCG